GCAAGCCUAUUAGAGAGAUUAUCUAUCAAAAGGUAAUAUCAUAAAAUUACUUUUUUCGAAAUAGACUUUUUACAAGGUGUGUGCUAUUUGACAUGUUUGACUUUGAUGUAAAGGGAGGGAAAGAUGGCUAUCCACCAGAUUUGGCAACUAUUUUCUUUGAGACGCGUAAGAAAGAUAACAAGCUUGUUGAACCUGAAGCAAUUGAUAAACAUGCUCAACUCGAAGAAAUGGUUCAAGCAGAUCCAUCUCUACCUAUUAUAGAGAUUGUUGAAAAAUGGUGUGGACCUCAAACUCGAACCCAUGUAUUUGGAUUAGGGGGUGGAGUAAUGGCAAAAGACUUGAAAGGUGGAACUUCUUCAAAGGCUGAAUUAUUGUCCGCGCUACGUUCAACUCGAGAGGAUAUCAAAUCCUUGAAUGAAGAAAACAAAUCCUUGAAUGAGGAAAACAAAUCUUUGAAUGAUCGAUUGUCUACCAUAGAAGAUAAGAUGAAAGAGAUAAUGAAUAUGAAAGAAUUCUUCAUUUCUCAGCAAUCACAUGUCCCACCUACAACAUCAUCCGUUUCAAUUGAAUGACCACUGCCUUUUU